CAUGCAAUGGAAACACGGCCACUUCAAAUCAUCAAUUCUCUUCCCAUCUUUGUCCCAUUUCCACUUCCAAUUCCAAACGUUUCUCUUCAUUUCUCUUCAUCGCAAUCCUUCCACGCAACAUGAUCAGAAGCCGGAUAUGGCAGAAGAGGGCCUUCAUCUCUUCCAGAACCUUCUUUUCAGCCUCCGCUUCUUCUCACUCUUCAUCAUCUUCUUCCCCUACGCUCCCUUCUCGCUUCCUCAAACCUAAUGCUCCUUCUUCACACGUCUCUUUCUAUUUUCCACGUGUGAACAGGUGUUUGUUCUGUACUCAACCCGCCCUAGACCUUCUCGCGAGCAAGCUAGUGGACGUGCCGCUGGCGCAAACCGGCGAAGGUAUUGCAGAAUGUGAGCUUCUCAAAUGGUAUGUCCAGGAGGGGGAUUAUGUUGAAGACUUUCAACCGCUCUGUGAAGUUCAAAGUGAUAAAGCUACCAUUGAAAUUACGAGUCGCUACAAAGGAAAAGUUUCCAAUAUUCUCUGCGGUCCUGGUGAUAUUGUGAAGGUUGGAGAAACUCUACUAAAGAUUUUAGUUGAUGAUUCAGCAUCUCCGUCUGUCACUCUUGGUGAUUCAGUAAAUGCGAAGUCACCUGAUUCCGAUAAGACAUCAGUUAAUGUACCAGUGUUUACUACAGUAGUUGACGAUUCAGACAAUGCCAAAUUGAUAGAUUCUGAUCCUGGUAAAGGAAGACAGACUGGAAUUCUAUCAACACCUGCUGUAAGAAGUCUGGCUAAGCAACAUGGUAUAGAUAUAACUGAAGUUUGUGGAACUGGAAAAGAUGGAAGGGUAUUAAAAGAAGAUGUGCUAAAUUUUGCUGUCAGCAAAGGAAUCAUUAAAGAUCCAUCUGCACUCUUGCAUACCGAUUCUGUAGAACAGCUUCAGGGAGCUGAAGGAUACAAUUACAAUAUCGCAACUAAAUCUUGUAGUCCAUCUGAGGACAGGACAGUCCCAUUUAGAGGAUUCCAAAGAGCAAUGGUAAAGUCAAUGUCUCUGGCUGCUAAAGUCCCACAUUUUCAUUAUGUGGAUGAGAUAAAUUGUGAUGCUCUAGUGGAGCUUAAAACAUCUUUUCAGAAAAAUAAUCCUUAUCCAGACAUUAAGUACACUUUCCUUCCAAUAUUAAUCAAAUCACUAUCAAUGGCCCUCAGUAAGUACCCCUUUAUGAACAGUUGCUUCAAAGAGGAUGCAGUGGAGGUCGUUCUCAAAGGUUCACACAAUGUUGGAAUUGCCAUGGCGACACAACAUGGUCUAGUUGUGCCAAACAUAAAAAAUGUUCAGUCUCUUUCCAUACUUGAGAUAACCAAAGAGCUGGCAAGGUUACAACAAUUGGCUUCAAAUAACAAGUUAACUUCUGAGGAUAUAUGUGGUGGUACUAUUACUUUAAGCAACAUUGGAGCAAUUGGUGGAAAGUUUGGUUCCCCACUUGUUAAUCUGCCUGAAGUCUCCAUUAUUGCCAUUGGUAAAAUUCAGAAAGUUCCACGGUUCGCUGAUAAUGGAAAUGUGUAUCCUGCAUCACUCGUGACUGUUAAUAUUGGUGCAGAUCACAGAGUCUUGGACGGAGCAACCGUUGCAAGAUUUUGCAACGAGUGGAAGCAACUAAUUGAAAAUCCCGAGCUCCUCACUCUGUAUUUGAGAUAAAAUUUCAUCUCACAUGAAUGAACAGUUACGGAAAAUUGUUACAUGGUUGAUCGCUGUAUUGUUUACAAUGAGAAGUAUAACCAGAGAAAGCAUUUAAAAUAGGACAAAAUGAAGAUAUAAAUAAUUUUUGUCGCAAUUAUGGUGAUAAACCUCGCCUAUCCGAGUUUGGUUUGAGAGGUAGCAGAGAGACAAUUGUAGCCAUCGCUACUUCUUUCGAAAAAAAAAAAAUCUGUUUUGGAGAAUAAUGCAAAAAGAAUAAAGCUUUUUGCGUAUCUCAACUGCAGAUACUACAUCUAUGAACCGUAAGAAACGCGAUAUGUAAUGAACAAUAUGUUAAUAAACUGCUUUCUGGUGCAAUUUAAACUUUA